AUGAGAUAUGAUAUCGACGUGGACGUGGACCUGUUAGUUCAGUGCUCAAUCUCCUGCUGCAAACAAAACAACAAAAAUCCCCCACGAGUAAAGACUAAAGUGACGAAAGAGGCCAAGCCAUUACUGUUUCUUGGGGGCCGGCUUUCUUCGUCAUCUGGUUUCGUCAAGAAGAAAGGACGAGAUCAAGGAGACACUCACAUUGUCUAUUUGGGGAAUGUCAAUAAAUCCCUCCAUCCAGACGCUGUUACAAGCUCCCAUCACGCACUCCUUGGGGAUGUUCUAGGAAGUGUCAAAGCUGCCAGAGAAUCAAUCGGUUUUAGCUACAGGCAUGGAUUUAGUGGCUUCUCGGCUCGUUUGACAGAAGAACAAGCUGCUAAACUCUCUGGCCUCCCAAACGUCUUGUCCGUCUUUCGCAAUGAAAUCCACACGGUCCACACCACAAACUCAUGGGAAUUUCUGGGACUCUAUGGAAGCGGAGAGAAAUCCUUGUUUGGUGCUAGUGAAGCUACUGAAUCAUCGUGGUUAUGGAAGAAAUCAAAAUUCGGCAAAGACGUUAUCAUUGGUGUUUUGGAUUCAGGAGUAUGGCCAGAGUCGGAAAGCUUUUCGGAUCAUGGCAUGGGACCAAUCCCCGAAAGAUGGAAAGGAACUUGCGAAACUGGGGAGCAAUUCAACGCUUCGCACUGCAACAAGAAACUUAUCGGUGCAAGAUUCUUUUCUCACGGCCUACAGGAUGGUCCUGAGGCUUAUGCAAAAGCACACCAAGAAGUUCUUUCUCCGAGAGAUGUUCACGGCCACGGAACUCACACGGCUUCCACUGCCGGAGGCCGAUUCGUGAAAAACGCAAACUGGCUUGGCUACGCAAAAGGCACUGCAAAGGGUGGCGCUCCAGACUCACGCCUCGCGAUCUAUAAGAUCUGCUGGAGAAACAUCACGGAGGGCAAUGUAAGGUGCUCGGAUUCUCACAUUCUCAGCGCAUUUGAUAUGGGAAUCCACGAUGGCGUAGAUAUUUUUUCUGCAUCGAUCAGUGGAUUGGACGAUUACUUCCAGCACGCACUGUCGAUCGGUUCAUUCCAUGCCAUGCAGAAAGGCAUUGUGGUGGUAGCUUCUGCUGGAAACGACCAGCAAACUAUGGGUCCUGGCUCUGUGCAAAAUGUAGCUCCUUGGGUCAUCACUGUUGGAGCGAGCACUCUUGAUCGAUCCUAUUUUGGAGACCUUUACCUUGGCAACAAUAAAUCAUUUCGGGGCUUUAGUAUGACGAAGCAAAGAUUAAAAAAGCGGUGGUAUCAUCUUGCUGCGGGAGCCGAUGUUGGCUUGCCAACUUCCAACUUUUCAGCCAGGCAAUUGUGUAUGAGCCAGUCUUUGGAUCCCAAGAAAGUCCGGGGAAAGAUUGUGGCAUGCUUGAGAGGGCCGAUGCAUCCAGCAUUCCAAUCAUUCGAAGUUUCUCGAGCUGGUGGAGCUGGGAUUAUCUUUUGCAACUCCACUCUAGUCGAUCAAAAUCCUGGAAAUGAAUUUCUUCCCUCGGUUCACGUCGAUGAAGAAGUUGGACAAGCCAUCUUUUCAUAUAUCAAAUCUACAAGAAAUCCUGUAGCGGAUAUACAGCAUCAGAUAUCAUUGAGAAAUCAAAAGCCUGCUCCUUUCAUGGCACCUUUUUCAUCCUCUGGUCCCAACUUCAUUGAUCCAGACAUUCUCAAGCCGGAUAUUACAGCUCCAGGAGUAAAUAUUCUAGCAGCAUACACUCAAUUCAACAACUCUGAAGCACCAUACCAAUUUUCAUCUGGAACCUCCAUGUCUUGCCCUCACGUCACUGGGAUUGUCGCCCUACUAAAAUCCUAUCGCCCAGCCUGGAGUCCAGCAGCAAUCAAAUCAGCCAUAGUAACAACAGGUUACUCAUUCGAUAAUCUUGGAGAACCAAUCAAGAAUUCAUCACGAGCUCCUGCAUCACCCUUUGAUUUUGGUGGAGGGCAUGUAAAUCCAAAUGCUGCUGCACACCCUGGCCUAGUAUACGACGCCAACGAGCAAGACUACAUUGGAUAUCUCUGCAGUCUGGGAUACAACCAGACUGAACUUCAGAUCCUCACGCAAACUUCCGCUAAGUGUCCCGACAACCCCACAGACCUCAACUAUCCAUCCAUUGCCAUCUACGAUUUGCGCCGCAGCAAAGUCUUGCACAGGCGAGUGACGAACGUGGACGAUGAUGCGACGAACUACACGGCAUCUAUCGAGGCACCGGAGAGUGUGUCGGUGUCGGUUCAUCCGUCGGUGCUGCAGUUCAAGCACAAGGGCGAGACGAAAACAUUCCAGGUGAUAUUUAGAGUGGAGGACGACUCAAACAUUGAUAAGGAUGUUUUCGGGAAGCUGAUAUGGAGCAACGGAAAGUAUACGGUCACUAGCCCCAUUGCAGUCAACCCAAGCAGAUCAUAA